AUGAACAUUUUUCAAAUAAUUUGCGCGGUCACAUCAAUAUGCCUGAACCUGGUGCUUACCUAUUUGAUUUUGUCAAAAUCACCAAAAAAAUUGGGAGUCUACAAGUAUCUCAUGUGCUAUAUUUCGCUGUUUGAAGUGUACUACUCAAUUUGGGAUAUGAUGACAGAACCGAUCGUCCACUCCUACAAAGCGGCAUUCGUUGUGCUCCGUGACUACAAUGGCUCAAUUUUCAACCGAGACGUCAGUUUUGUCCUUGUCUGCAUUUAUUGCGGACUUUUCGGCUUCUCAAUGGCAAUUUUCGGUGUUCAUUUCAUCUACAGAUAUGGAGCAGUAAAUAAAGCUUUUUCGGAAAGAUUUUUACCCGGGAAGUGGGUUUAUAUGCUUUUCGCAAUUCCAUUGUGGUACGGCGCGUGGUGGGCAAUUUUGUGUUAUAUCUACUUUUAUUUCACCGAUGUAACGGAUGCAUAUAUGAAAGACACAAUCGAAUAUCACUACGGAAUUCCGAUCAAGGACUCAUCCUACAUUAUCGUGUAUUUCCAGCCAACAGGCGCAGACGGGAAGCCCCAUCCUGAUCCGAAGAUCUUUUUUGCGAUUGGGUGCAUGUGGUACAUGAUUAUCUCCUCAAUGUUCUCGGUGUUCUAUUUCGGAAUGCGUUGCUACUGGCAAAUCCGAAAAACAAUUUCCCAAUCGGCGACCGUCUCGACCACUACUAAAAACCUACAAAGUCAGCUGUUCAAUGCCCUGGUAGUACAAACAUUCAUUCCACUGGUCCUUAUGUACAUCCCGAUCGGUAUCCUGUUCUUCUUCCCGAUGGUCAUGUGGGAAUUGCCGUUUAUCACCGAAUUUGUGGGAUAUACGAUUGCAUUGUACCCGGCGAUUGACCCACUUCCCAAUAUGAUCAUCAUCAAGGUCUACCGGAAUGCUAUUGUUGAAUUCUUCAGAAAAGUAAUUGGACGUGGAAAACGCGGCGAAGGUCAACACUCGAUCAAUACAGUCGACGCUGCGUCGGGAAGCAAUGGACCACGUAGUGUCAAUCGAUUUGUAUGAGAAAUUGGCACUUCUAAAAAUAUAAUUUGUACUUAUUUUUCUGACUUUUUAUUUUUUGAAAAUGUAUCCAAUCUAGACGUCCUUCUGAUUUACUUACUUGACCUUUUUGCUUUCAAUCUUUGGAGUUAGAAUCCUUCUUAGUAUCUUGUAACGUACACUUACAGAACAUCUCAUUUGCUACUUUUGUGAUCUUGACCUGAUAUUCGGAAUCUAAAACUGGAAUUCUAAUAAAGACUUGACCAGAAA